GCUUUUCUGAACCAGCACUGUGGUGAGCUGGUGUCGGUCUGCGAGGCUUAUCUGGCCCCCAUCAUUCUGAGUGAAAAGGGGGCCCAGAACCUCAACGAGGAGCUGAUGGUCAAACACCUCCACACUCUGGGCGUGGCGUCACUCCACUGUCCUGCCAAGGUUGGCAAGAGGACAGUACUGCUGGUGGAGUCGGUCCUCACAACACGUUCUGAAAAACUGCCAGGGUGUCAAGAGGAGCUGCCUGCGUCCCUGCCUCUGUCCCAGUUCAAAGCUAACUCUAUGCCGACCAAAGUCAGAGCGCACGGAGUCAUCACUUUAGGUAAGCUGUGUCUGCAGCACGAGGAUCUCAUCCACAAGUACCUGCCGGUGUUUGCCAGGGAGAUUGAGGAGGGCAAGGAGGUUGCCGUGCGCAACAACGUGGUGGUGAUCAUGUGCGAUCUGUGUGUUCGAUACACCAACAUGGUGGAUCACUACAUCCCCAACAUCUCCGCCUGUCUGGGAGACAACGAAGCCAUCAUCAGGGAGCAGACGCUCAUCAUGCUGACCAACCUGCUGCAGGAUGAGUUUGUGAAAUGGAAGGGCUCUCUCUUCUUUCGCUUUAUGGUGGCGCUGGUUGACCCAGUCCCUGCCAUCGCCAGGUAUGUUACUAUGGUUUUGGCGCAGUG